AUGCCUUCGCCUCCUGGCGUGCCCCCGUUUGAUAAGAUCUAUGUCAUCAUUACAUGGGUCUCGACCGGCUUAUGGGGUAUGAACACUGUGAUUUUUGCGGGUGUAUGCUAUGUACUUUUCAUGCGGCCCAAUAGCCGCAUGACUAGGGUGAUCCUGGGUGGAACUUCCAUAUUGCUCUAUUUAAUGAUCACGACACAUGUCGCCCUGUCUCUUCGUGAAGAACUGGAUGCCUUCGUCGACGUCCCACCAGGCUCCCCGCCGUUCUACGCUACUCUGUACUACUCUCAGAUCACCGCGAAGUAUGCAAUUGCCAAGAACCUCAUUUACGCCAUAGCGGUUUUCAUACAAGAUCUCGUCCUUAUAUGGCGGAUGUACGUCGUUUGGACACACAACUGGAAGAUCAUUAUAAUCCCGCUUGUGGUAGAGUUAGCCCACACUGCCUGUUCUCUCACCGCAAUUUGCUUUGGCUUCGUCCCCGGCUAUACAAUCCAGACCCCCAUCGUGCAGGUUCUAGCCACCACUGUCGGUUGGACGAUCGAGAUUGCCGUAAACGUUCUUGUAACCGGUGCCAUUGUGGGCCGUCUCUGGUACAUGGGCCGCCGAAUCUCCUUUGCAGAAUCGAAGGGAUCUAUCGCCAUCACUCGGCCCGGUAUCUACCUCCGGACUAUCUUCACCAUCGUCGAGUCGGGAGCACUUCUUGUAGCGGUCACCAUCUCUAUGUUGGUGCUAUCCCAUGUCGGGAGUCCCGUCGGUCUUCCUUUCAUGGACGUCGCUAUUCAAGUCGCGGCAUUGGUACCAUAUCUCAUCGUCGUGCGGGUCGGCCUCGGGCUGACACACGCCCUGCCUAACGCGUAUGAAACUUACCUUCAGACGAUAUCCAACGAGGAAGGGAUGACGUUCCGCGUGAACACCUUCGGCACGCAGAGCGGCGGCAUUGACAAGGCCAAGAUCGUGCCUGGAGGGAGCCCUCUUUCCAACUCGAUGACCUCGCAGGGAAAUGCAUCUUUGGGCGAUUUCCGCGCGGCAGACGGUCCCGACACGAAUGUGUGA